GUAAGGCACUUGUAUUAGUGCCGUGGCUAACUAGAUUUUUGCCUUAAUUCAAUGUCAACAAUUUUGCACAACUAAUAAAUAUUUUGUAAAUAAUGGAGGACUUAUUGAAAUCCCAAAUACAAGAUAGCUGCAGGCUCGCCAUGCCCGAAGGACUCAAGGACUUGAUGGCUGAUAUUUCUCGAGAAGUACUCCGCGCUCAACCCGAAAACCUGUACCAAUUCAUCGCCGACUACCUCUCCUCGCUGCUAGUCGCGCGUGAGCACCUGUUCGUUGCGGCGCGCGUAUGCGACGACGUCUGCACCAACACUUGCUGCGCGGACUUGGAAGCCGAACUGCGAGCGUUGUCGCUGAGUGAGGAAGACUUGGAGACCAGUUUGAAAAUUAUUUCGGAGUAUUUUUCUAGUGGUGACGUGAAAGAAGGCAAUUUGCUACAGAAAUUGAUACGAAAAACUAGUAUAAAUCCGAAGGCUUAUCCCGCUGUUCAGGAUGCGGUGCGGCGUGCAUUCCUGCGCCAUCAGCUCAACAAAUCCACUCAAGUUGAGUCAUCGUCUACAGACAGCGAACUGGAUGAGACUUCACUAGCGGCAAAACACACGCUUAAAAUAUACAAGAAAGCCGCUGAAAGUCCGGACAUUAACUACGACUGUGUGGCUUCCAAAAUACAGGCAGCAUAUCGCGCGUACAACGUUCGACGUUUACGCAAAGCUACUAACAAGCCGCCUUCCAAAAAGAAGGAAGUUGUUAAGGACGAAUCAGGCGAUAAAGUUCGCUUUCAAGUCAAGGGUGAUCAAAGCAAACCUCUUGAGUCGGAGCCGCUUGUGGCAGAUUUUGUUCACCCAAAGAGAUGUGCAAGCAAAUGCUCAUCUGUGUCUCUGGCUGGUUCGUUCCUCUCACUCCCACUCUACAAGCCGUACUCCAUCGGGCAACCCUCGGACAUAACAGAGGUCGACGAAGUCUGCGAGAAAGAGACGGAAAACGCCAAUUUCGACUACGUCACCAACGAACUCAGAAAUCCGAAGGUCCAGUAUGACCCCAACAAAGACAAAAAAGGACUCGAAAGCAUCGAAGACAAAAAAGAAGUUGAAAAUAGCAAAGGAAAGAAGACGAUCAGUUUCCACAACUUGCCUCGUGUUCUGGAGCUUGAUGAUGAUGAUAAUGAUAGUAAUGACGUGUCAGAUGAAGCGGACGAAGCAGACUAUGACUCUGAAGUCGCUGAAGAUGUACUAAAAGAAUUUGAUGAAGAUUAUGGUCAUGAUAUUGUUCAAGAGGACACAGUUGUUAGUGAAUUACAAGGAGAUGAAAUGGAGCCAAGUGAGAACUCUACCGAAGAUGACGUAGAUGAAGUUCAGCUGAAUGAGAUGGAAGUCGUUCCUCGAAAUAGGAAUGAUGAUGAUAAUGAUUAUGAUGGUGAUAUUGCGUCCGCAACAGAUCAUUUUGAUGGUGACAUUGAUGAGGAAAAUGAAGAAGAGAGAAGAGGUUCAGAGGAGAUAAGAGUCGAUAGUGAUUCCGACGAUCCUGAAAAAACUGUUUAAAUGCUGUUGAAAGGCAUGACAGACGGUUCUGGCCAUAACUUUUCAGAUAACGUUGAUUUUGAUAUAAAUAAUAUAGUAGCUACGAUCGUUUCAGUUUACACGUGUUACUCUGCUUAACUUAUGUUAACGGUGUGGGGUAGGAAAAGUAAAAAUGUUAUGUUAUCCUUUAUAAUUUUAUUAUUUACGUUCUUUAUAAAACAGCUGUUACAACUAAUGAAGUUUACAUUAAAGGACAACUGUCCUUAGUCAAUGAUAUUUUUUAUAUUUUUGGUCAUUAUUAUAAUUUAUAAAGCUUAUUCUGAAUACUAUACAUAUUAUAUAAUAUAACUUAUAAUCUACGUGUGUCGGACAAACAUGUGCUUACACAUAUUAUACAUAUAUUAAAAUAAAAUAAAUGCCUUGAUACCAUAAAUAAAUUUCAUGGAUAUUUCAUUCAGCUGCGAUUUAUAACAAACUUAAAAUUAUCAAAUUAACAACAAAUUUUAACAAUUA